CAUCCUAAACCAGAUGGGUGACCAACACUACUCCUUCUACAUCGAGACCUUCCACACCAGCUCAGACCUUGUGGACUUCCUGAUGGAGACUUUCAUCAUGUUCAAGGACCUCAUCGGGAAGAAUGUGUACCCCGUGGACUGGAUGGCCAUGAGCAUGGUUCAGAACAGGGUCUUCCUGAGAGCUAUCAACAAGUUUGCAGAAAUCAUGAACCAGAAGUUUCUGGAACACACGAACUUUGAGUUCCAGCUGUGGAACAACUAUUUUCAUCUGGCGGUAGCUUUUAUCACUCAGGAUUCUCUGCAGCUGGAGCAGUUCUCACACGCCAAGUACAACAAAAUCCUGAAUAAGUAUGGGGACAUGAGACGGCUCAUUGGCUUCUCCAUCCGCGAUAUGUGGUACAAGCUUGGCCAGAACAAAAUCUGCUUCAUCCCAGGCAUGGUAGGACCUAUAUUAGAGAUGACACUGAUCCCUGAGGCUGAGCUCCGGAAAGCCACCAUACCAAUCUUCUUCGACAUGAUGCUGUGCGAAUAUCAAAGGAGCGGGGAUUUCAAAAAGUUUGAAAACGAGAUCAUCCUCAAGCUGGACCACGAGGUGGAAGGGGGCCGAGGCGAUGAGCAGUACGUGCAGCUGCUGGAGUCCAUCCUGAUGGAGUGUGCCUCAGAGCACCCCACCAUUGCCAAGUCAGUGGAGAACUUUGUGAACCUGGUCAAAGGGCUCCUGGAGAAGCUGCUGGAUUACCGGGGUGUGAUGACCGACGAGAGCAAAGACAACCGCAUGAGCUGUACUGUCAACCUGCUGAAUUUCUACAAAGAUAACAACCGGGAAGAGAUGUACAUAAGGUAUCUGUACAAACUCCGUGACCUUCACCUGGACUGUGACAAUUACACAGAGGCUGCCUACACACUGCUCCUUCACACCUGGCUUCUCAAGUGGUCAGAUGAGCAGUGUGCAUCACAGGUCAUGCAGACAGGCCAGCAGCAUCCCCAGACCCACCGGCAGCUGAAGGAGACACUCUAUGAGACCAUCAUAGGUUACUUUGACAAAGGAAAGAUGUGGGAAGAGGCCAUCAGUCUGUGCAAGGAGCUGGCUGAACAGUACGAGAUGGAGAUCUUCGACUACGAGCUGCUCAGCCAGAACCUGAUCCAGCAGGCAAAAUUUUAUGAGAACAUCAUGAAAAUCCUCAGGCCCAAGCCAGACUACUUUGCCGUCGGCUACUACGGCCAGGGAUUCCCCUCCUUUCUGCGGAACAAAGUGUUCAUCUACCGAGGGAAGGAGUAUGAGCGAAGAGAAGACUUCCAGCUGCAGCUGAUGAGCCAGUUUCCCAACGCGGAGAAGAUGAACACAACUUCUGCCCCCGGAGACGACGUGAAGAACGCCCCAGGCCAGUAUAUCCAGUGUUUUACUGUUCAGCCUGUCCUAGAUGAGCACCCACGGUUCAAGAACAAGCCAGUGCCUGACCAGAUCAUAAACUUUUACAAAUCCAACUAUGUGCAAAGGUUCCACUACUCCCGGCCUGUGCGCAAGGGGACAGUAGACCCUGAGAAUGAGUUUGCUUCGAUGUGGAUUGAGAGGACCUCCUUCGUGACUGCCUACAAGCUGCCGGGCAUCCUGCGCUGGUUCGAGGUGGUUCACAUGUCCCAGACCACAAUUAGCCCCCUGGAGAAUGCCAUCGAAACCAUGUCCACGGCCAACGAGAAGAUCCUGAUGAUGAUCAAUCAGUACCAGGGCGACGAGAGCCUCCCCAUCAACCCGCUCUCCAUGCUCCUGAAUGGCAUCGUGGACCCCGCCGUCAUGGGUGGCUUUGCCAAAUACGAGAAGGCCUUCUUCACUGAAGAAUACACCAGAGAGCACCCUGAGGACCAGGACAAGCUGAGCCGCCUCAAGGACCUGAUCGCAUGGCAGAUCCCCUUCCUGGGAGCUGGGAUCAAGAUCCAUGAGAAGAGAGUGUCAGAAAACCUACGGCCCUUCCAUGACCGGAUGGAGGAAUGCUUCAAGAACCUGAAGGUCAAGGUGGAGAAGGAGUAUGGCGUGCGAGAGAUGCCUGACUUCGACGACAGGAGAGUGGGCCGCCCCAGGUCCAUGCUGCGCUCCUACAGGCAGAUGUCCAUCAUCUCUCUGGCCUCCAUGAAUUCUGACUGCAGCACUCCCAGCAAGACUACCUCGGAGAGCUUUGACCUGGAAUUAGCUCCACCCAAGACUCCAAAAGUGGAAGAGGAGCCCAUCUCCCCGGGGAGCACGCUGCCUGAGGUCAAGCUGCGGAGGUCCAAGAAGAGGUCCAAGAGGAGCAGCGUGGUGUUCGCAGAUGAGAAAGCAGCAGCCGAGUCAGAGCUGAAGCGGCUGUCCAGGAAGCACGAGUUCAUGAGUGACACCAACCUGUCGGAGCAUGCGACCAUCCCCCACAGGAUGUCCAUCCUCUCUCAGAUGAGCUUUGCCAGCCAGUCCAUGCCCACCAUCCCAGCCCUCACACUCUCAGUGGCUGGCGUGCCUGGAUUGGAGGAGACCAACGUGUCUCCUCGCCUCAGCCAGACCUUCCUCCAUCUCUCAGACGGUGACAAGAAGACGCUAAAGAGGAAGAAAGUCAAUCAGUUCUUCAAGACAAUGCUGACCAGCAAAUCCAACGAGGAAGGCAAGCAGAUCCCAGAUUUCUCAUCCACCGACAUUUAGAUGCUGCCGACCAGACCUGCCAGGGAGGGAAGUUUCCAGAAGAGGAGAGGCCUAAUUAUGACACCAAAGCCUCAAAACAAGGGAAGACCCUCCCUGUAAGUUGUCCUCAAUUGCAAGACACAGUGGGGCUGACUGAACUUGAGUGGCAAGAGCCCAGCAUUCCCCGGGGCAGCCACCUGCUGGUGGGUGGACAAGGAAGCCCCACCCUGGAGUCCCAAACCACAAGGAGCUGCAGCCUCAGUACAAGGAACUGUGUUUUCAUUUCAUUUUCUCAGUCUCCACACUUAA